AAUUUAACAUGCGGGGAUUCUUUGCUUUUGCAAAAUAAUUUGUUAGCUUUUCAACAGUUAAAACUCAAAAAAUAAAGAUAUCAAUUAGAUUGUAAAAAGCAUGAGCAUAUUUUUUAGAGUUAAUCAAUCAGUAAAUAGCUAAUUUAGAUUGUGUUCAACAUUAACUGCCUUGAGAUUAAAUAAUUUAUAUGGAUUACAUUAAUCAUCAACUCUUGCUGAUUCAGAAGGAGGUAAUGGAGUGUUUUUAUUUAGAAAUUGUCUUAGAUGCCACCAUUUCACAAUUAUUAUCUUUGUCCCUUAAGGCUGAACUGAAUAUAAUACAGAAUUCUUGA